UAGAAAAAAAUACUUAGUACCUACAUCAUAAUUCCUUAUCAUUUUUGACAUUAAUAAAAAAUAGUAAAUAGUUUUAUAAUAUAUUUUUUGAAAUAUGGCUGGCGAAAAGAAGAAAGCACUGUUUAUUUGUUUGGGAAAUAUUUGCCGAUCGCCUAUAGCAGAAGGUGUAUUUCAAAAAAUAGUAAAUGAUCUAAACAAAGGGGACGAAUGGGAAAUUGACAGUGCAGCGAUAGGCGGCUGGCAUGUAGGCAAUCCACCAGACUGGCGAGCAUUGGAUACUAUGAAGAAACAUGAUGUACCUUAUAAUAAUUGUGCUAGACAAAUAGUCAAAGAAGACUUCAAUCAUUAUGACUUUAUUUUUGGAAUGGAUAACGAAAAUAUGAGGGCGCUGAAUUCAAAGGCACCAAAGGGGUCUAAGGCAAAACUCUUAUUGUUUGGAACCUUUGAUCCAGAGGGAGACAAAAUUAUAAGGGAUCCAUAUUAUGAUAGUGGUGCAGAAGGGUUUGAAAAAUGCUAUCAACAAUCUGUAAGAUGCUCAAAGGGAUUUUUGGAACAGUUAGAAAAAGGAAAUAUAUAAA